AAUUUGAAAAGUAAAAGGUGUUUUAAAUAUUUAAAACAAGACUGUUAUGGCCCGUUCAUAUUCCAAGUCAAAGGCUCAAUUGAGAACUUCCACCUCCUUCUAAUUUCCCUUAUAGGAAAUACUUAUCUAGAUCUAAACAUUAAAAUAUUUUCAAAACAUAAUCGAAUGGUUCCACUUCCACUAUAAAAAAAUGGAUCAAAAUUUCCCUUAUACUUUCUCGACAUCUACAACCUUCUCCUUCUUGAUGAGACAUUAACAUUGUUUUGAUUCAUUCAAUUGAUUAAUGGUGUUGUGGUAGAAAACUCCAGUGGCUCUUCUGCUUGGAAAAGCAAAUGAUUCCAUAGGAAAAGGAAUAGUUAGCAGUGCUUGAUCUGUGGAUACUCUAAAUGACAAAGUGCAACGACGAGAACAAAAGCUAUAAGAUGAUGCUUACGGUGACAAUCUUCAAUUACUCUUUAGCUCUGCUUCAUAAGAAGAGAAAAACGUGAUGUGAUGGCUCAUUAGCACUAAAAAUAGAGCAUUAAAAGAGAGGCAAGAAAGGAUCAAGGGAGAGAAAAAGAACGGAAAAUGAGGAACCAACACCCAUUUCAUUUCAUUCUUGCCGUUACUGGAAGAGAGAGAAUCAAAGCAAAAGCAAAAACAUGGUAAAUGGCGUGACACUGGGAGUUUUUAUGUAUGUGGUUGAGACGUUUUAGCUUAAAAUUGGCUAGCGUGUGAACAAAGCUUAAUCAUCACUCCUAUUUACAAAAGGAACAAACUUCUCCUUGGAAGCUCUCUCUCACAAGAAACUAAGCAGAAAUGGAGCCGGAGAACAACAAGAGAGGAAGGGAGGGGCAGGAGGCCAAGGACUCAUUUCAGAAGACUGCAAAGAAGCAACAUCUUAACAUUGAGAUCGGCAGUAUCAACAUAGAAGUGAGCAGCUAUGACCACGACGACAAUAACCAAAUCUGUGAAUCCUCUGACAACUAUUUGGCACUAGGGGUUUUCGAUUUCCCCUGGCUUAAAGAAGGUGUCAUCUCCAAAUGGGAAGACUGGUGUUUCCAAGACUCUUUUGAGUUCUCUCUACAUGAAUCUUACACAACAGCUGCUCUGGCUCAUGAGUUUUCUGACCAAUAUUUGUCUGAAACUUCAGAGACGAUUGUGGAAUCUACAGAUAUUCCAUCGGGUAAGUUCGAGGAGAGUGUGUGGCCUUUGGAAAUGGAGAAUGCAGAUUGCACCUUACUUAACCAGCCACUCACACAAGAGGAUGCCUAAUUGAUCUCAAACAAAUUUGUCCAAUCCAUGUAAACUAGGAAAAUUAAAUCCUCGUCUGGAGUUUCUCCAUCUCUUGCACAUUCAUUUAUUGCCUAUCCGGUUGAGUCACCGUCCUUUGCUUUUUAAAGAUAAAAAUUAAGAAUAAAGGAACAAGUUAGGAUACUCAAACAUUUUGAAAAUUCUGGCCUAAGCUCGAUUCACAGUGUACCCAACACAUAGGUUUGUGCGUAAAAAACUACUAUAAUUGAUUAAUGUCAUUGAAAGGUUCGUUGUUUAAUUUAUAAUUGAGUACACAGCUCCUACAUUUUUUAAAACAAGUUUUUAUUUUUUAUUUCCUUUUGUCAGAUCUCCAUUACCUUCCUUCCAAUAGAACAGAGAAUCCAAACAGAAGUUUCAUCUCAAAACUAGGGAUGAUGGAUCAAAACAAGAGUAGCUAUAAUUGCUUUGUUUUUCCUAAGAGGAAACCUUUAUUAUUUUGAUUUAUUAUGUUAAUUUUUCUAAUCAAACCUUAACGCAGAAUGAAGAUCAUUACUCAUCCAAGU